GUUAGGUUCAAAUUGCUCCGGGAAGUGGCCGAGAUUAGAGCCAGCGCGGGCCGCACCGCGCCGCGAUCGUAAGCCCACUUAAGACUGUUUUUAAUACUAGUAUUUUUUACGCGAUCCCGACAGGAUUUAGCGGAUAAGCGACGUCGUCGCGAUCGUGCGCUUUGAUUUAUCGGUUUUGGAUUCGGAUUCGGUUUGUUUUCUGGUGUUUACGUUAGUGGGUGACGGCCGGUGGCGAGUGGACGUAAUCCCGCGGCUUGCACCAGAUUAUGACGGAUAUCAGCGGAUUUGGUGCUCGUAUACUGUGAAAAUCACCGGUCAGAGGAAUCAACAACGCCGGCUAAACACAGCUUACAGUCUGCCUAAUUAAUUUUAUGCUAAUGCCCCACGCGUGAAGUUCACGCUCGACCGUCGCCGCAGCGACGUCCCACCAGCAAUCGUAACCGUCACCAUUCACCUCCGCGUGUACAAGGAAGCGCUAGCGGCCGGCAUGGAGCCGCUAAGCGAGAACGGCCUCUGUCUAUCAGAGUUGGACCUCCACGGAGGCCAUCUGCACGAGUCAGUGGCGGCCUCUGUCGGCUCCGCGAUAUCGAGCUUGAUGGCGCCAUUGCACCACGAGCCGCAACACGCGCCGUUACACCACGCCCCGCCGCUGCACCACGAACCGCUGGAAAAAUUAAAGUUGUGGGCGGAGACGGGCGAGUUUCGAGACAGCGGGCACUCGUCCCUCGCGUCCGGAGGCUCCGGUGUGGAACAGUCUUUAUACGCGCCACCGAGACCCCGCCGGGACCGUAAGCAUACCGAUGAUAGCAAUCGCCCCUUAACAUCGGAGCCGACGAUAAAGACGGAAUCAACGACCCCCGGCAUCGGGCCCGACGAGCCGUCAAUCGACGACAAAGGGGACAAGAAGAACAAGAGACAACGACGCCAAAGGACCCACUUCACCAGCCAACAGCUGCAGGAGUUAGAAGCCACUUUCGCAAGGAAUCGAUAUCCUGACAUGUCGACGCGGGAAGAGAUCGCGAUGUGGACUAACCUGACGGAAGCACGAGUAAGAGUGUGGUUUAAAAACCGGCGAGCAAAAUGGCGGAAGCGUGAACGCAACGCGAUGAACGCGGCCGCUGCGGCCGCGGCGGAUUUCAAGAACGGCUUUAGCACGCAGUUCAACGGGCUAAUGCAGCCCUUCCCCGACACCGACGCGUUAUACUCAUCAUAUCCGUACAACAACUGGGCAGCAAAAGUACCCAGUCCUUUAGGCACGAAAAGUUUUCCGUGGCCCGUGAAUCCUUUAGGGUCAGUGGUACCCGCGAGUCAUCAUCAAGGCUCAGUGAACUGCUUCAACACCGCGACGUCGAUGGGGGGAGUGGGGGGUAGUGGAAUGGCGGGCGUGGGUAGUUCAGCCGGUGUCGGAGGGGGGGUCGCGCCUUGUCCGUACACGGCGCCGCCGAAUCCGUACAGCAUGUACCGCGCGGAGCCGUGUCCGGCGAUGUCGUCGUCGAUAGCGUCGCUACGUUUGAAGGCGAAGCAGCAUUCGGGUUUCGUGGGUGGUUACGGAGCGGUGUCGCCGGUGUCGCGGGCCGGGUCGGCGCCGCUGUCGGCGUGCCAGUACGCGGGCGGCGUGGGAGUGUCGGACCGCGUGCUCUGAGAGGAGGCCCGCGGUCGCGAGGACGCGCGCUCGCCGCCGCUGCUCGCCGCCGCUCGCGCCUCCUAGUCGCCGCCUGACGCCGCGCACUCGCACCACACGCCACUCUACAGACACCUCUGGGAAUGGUUCGAUUGAAUCGUGUGUGGAAACUCUUUCCUCGAAAGAAGUGGGUCAGCAGACUGUCUUUCCCCUGAUUGCUGUGGCGGUGUUACUUAAUCAAGGUUCGUUACGAAACUUCGGGCAAUAAUGUUAACGAUUCGUUUUAGAUUGUAAAUAUGUAGUUAUGUAUGUACGUAUACCAAAGCGAUGUGUGCAAUUUUUACAAGCUUAUUUAGGUUAUGCUUAGUUUUAAGUGAGUAGCUUAUUUUGGGCUGUAAAUAUAUAUAGGUUAUUUAUUUGUUUCGUAUCGAACGAAAAUUUGAUUGUAACUAAUGGUAACUGUGCUACUGUUGUCCUAUUUGAAUAUUACUUUUUAUUUUUUGGGUUGUAAAUAGCAUAAUAAUACACGCAGGGAGCGAAGACAUGCGUCACAUAUCUGAAAUGGACUUUCAUAUUUUGAAACAAAAUGCUAUGUAGUUAAUUUAAUUAACAGUUAUUUUGUAGUUUUGUUUACAAUAAAUGUAUUUUCUAACACAUAAUCAAAAACCAAGAAAAAUCAGUUAGGUAAUAAUUUAAAUAAGAGUUUGUCCUGCAGAGAAUGAACAGUAAAAAAAUUAAUUAAAUAUUUUCAACUACAAUAAUACGAAUACCUCUACAGCUUUCGUAGCACGGUCUACGACCGCUACGAGUCGUAGGCGCUGCGGCGUCGUUCGUAGCGCCACGUUGUAGAUGAAAAUUAAUUUGAAUACUUACAAUAAACUAUGUACAUACAAGCAAUAUUCUUUAAUAAACACGAUAUAUCUAAAAAGGAUGAUGAAAUUAAGCAGAUAUUACGGAUUGUCAGUGGAAAAGUUAUUUAUGACAAAAUUAUAAAAAUUCCUUAAAUAUAGUUGUUUAUUUAUUUGUUAUAUAAGUACAUACAUUACGAGUUUUCAAUUUCAAGUUCAACGAGAAGAAACCUGUAUGUUUUCAUCUCAUGUAAAAUCGCAUAAAUGGUAUUUUGAUGGCAUUACUACUUUGAUAGCGUCGAUUUGCAAGUUUGAUUUUCUCAUAGCUGCAAGAGUCCAUAGACCAGAGUACUUGAUAACUCUGCUUUUCUGAGAAAAAAUAUCUUGGCAAACAGACAGACAUCAUUAGAAUUCCGUUUUUACCUCUCGAGGUAACCAGGGAGCCUACCAUAAGACAAAAAAUACGUACCACGUCAUUGCGACCACACGUUAUCUCUUUUUUACACGAUGCGUACACGAUACGAGAAAAAGAGACAGCAUGUGAUCGUAACGUGCUACGUGUUUGUAUGUUAGUUUGUAGGUCUUCAGAACUCUAACAAUUAACAAAGUUAAUUUAAUUUAUUAGUGAAAUAUUUUUUUAUUUAUAUAGUCAAAUCUAUAGCCAUCUGUUUGGUUUAUAACGGAUAACAAAUUGUACUAUAUAAGCACAUUAAAUAAAUUAUAUAAUAAUGUAUAUAGAAAAAUAAUAUAACUAUAAAACAUUGUCUAUAUAGGUACAUCUUAUUUUGUCGACCAAAAACAAACUUUACUAAUUUAAAAUCUUCCAUAACUUUACAAACGCCUGCGUGCAUAUGAGAUUAAACACGGGAUCUCACUAAUUAUUUACAUAUUUAUUGGUGGAAUGCAGUGUACAGUCAACAGCACAUCAACCUACCCAAAUUCAGUGCAAAUUACCACGCCGCUAUUACCACGCCUCCAUAGAGUUUCAUGCAGGGUAGCUUCAUGUGCUGUUGACUGUACAUAAUAUGGAGGUAUUAGGUUAACUAUUCAUAGAAAUCAAGUUAUCGUCCUCUCUUUCCGAUUUUUUUAUUACAUUCGACUGUAUAUAAUGUUACUCUGUUCUGCCUAAGCAGCAGUUCUGUCAACCACAAUUUUUCAUUACGAAUAUAAAUUUAAGUAGUUGAAUUUGCAUUGUCAUUUUAUAAAGACGUUGAAUACUAAAAUGUCUAUCUGUAUGUCUUUAAACACAUAUUGGACGUGCUUUUUUUUUAAUUUGCUAAUUUGUGUCCAUUCUAAAUGUCCUUCAACGAUAUGUUAAUCAAUUUGAUUAAUAAUCAAUACAUAUAAAUCAUCACUUCUUGAACUCUUGCCUGUUAGAAUAUAAAUUUCUGACGAAUUGUAAUGUUUAUUGUACGUGAAAGGUAAGACGCCAUUUUUAUGAAAAACGUAUUUAAUUGUUCGUAUUUUUGUUAAUUUAUUUAUUGAAUUCAUGAACCUACUAUGAUCAUCGUACUUAAUAGUAAUAUGCUCAUUUGAAAAUGUGUAAUGUAUAUUGUAUUUGUUUAUUGUUUUUAUCAAUUUGAUAAACUUUGCAUUUAAAUGAUCCUGUAUUGUUAUUAUGAUUACUUUCUAGAUUCAAAAGUAAUUUAUUUAUUACUAGGUUUUUCCCUCAGCUUCACCCGUGUAUUUUCACCCCCAUCAUAGGAUCAUAGUCACUUGGGGGCAGAUUUUUGAAAAAAAAUAUUAUCCUAUGUUUGAACGGGAGUCUUAAACUAUAUGUAUACCAGAUAUCAUCACAAUUGGUCUAGCGGUUUAGCCGUGAAAGCGGAACAGACAGACAGACUUUCGCAUAUAUAAUAUUGUUGUGGAAGUAUGGAUAUAACGUUACUCUAUAUAAACGCCAGUGUGAUAUCAGUAUCACGUUAAAACGUUCCAUUUUUAUUACCGAUAGUCUAUUUCAACUUGCAAUGUCUGCAACAUCAGUGUAAGGCGUAUGUCCUACAUUUCUAUGGAUAGAUGCCUAAUUGUAAAUAUUGUACGUUAGGUUAAAUAGUUCGUAUCAAGAGAUAGGGGUGUCUAAAUUUGUGUGCCUAUUUAUUGCAAGGUCUGGAAAGCUAUUCUAGACAUUUGUGACUCGCCGAAAACCCGUGAAACGUUGCAUUUGUCAUUAUCGAAUGAUUUCAAUGCCAGGAGAGUAUAUAUUCACCUGUUUUCAGUGAAUCAUAUAUUACAGAAAUAGCACAACAGAUGGUACGAAAUUCAGAAAGAUUAUGUCAGCCUAAGGGUGGGUUGCAACGUCAACUUUGACGUUAACAUUUAAAAUACGCAGAAAAAAGUAUAGUACGCCAUUUUGUCUAAACGUCAGAGGUGCACCGGUUAAAGUCAACGUCAAAUUUGACGGUGCAACUCACAUGAAGUAAAUAAAUCAGCAGAGAAGCAUUUAAUUGGCAUUUAAACUGUCAAAAUUGUGUACUGAUAAUUAUGACUGUAUAAAGAUAAAUAAACUGUACAUAUCUUUGUUAAAUACAAAUUUUGUAGCUAUUUUUGAAAUCCUUGUUUAGGUUUGCGUUCAAUAAAAUUGCUGUUUUCGGAAUAAGGAAAAUGUAACUAUUCGAAAAUAGUUCUCUUAUGAAUGUUAUUCGAACGCAGAAUCAAUAAAAUCGCGCUCCAAUCAACUGUCUUUCACAGACACGUAUCUAAAACAUGUCUUUUAAUUGACUAAAUUUCAACAUUUACAGUUUGUAACAAUACGUUACUCCUACUCAUAAAAGACUAGCUUUUGCCUGGUCUACCUGGUCACACAAAGGCUACGGGAACCAUAUCUGUUUCAAAUUCUAUCAAAAUUGGUCGAGCGGUUUAACCGUAAGAGCGUGAGAGACUAACUUUCACUAUAACAUCAAUAUGGAUAUGAAAAAGAUUACAACUCAUGAAAAUUACUAUCAAUAAUAAUUUUAACAAUUUCUUACCUUUAAAAUGGUUUGAAAAUAACCUUUUAAAAUAAACCUAAAGCAAUGUAUACAUCGUGGAUCUUUGAACGAAUGAAUAAUGUAAAUAAAUUGAUCUUAGAGGAAAUCGAGGUUUUCGUUUUAUACAUAUCAAAAUGAAAAUAUCCACAAUCGAUUGUUAUUUUGUAAAAUAACGUAAGGAAUACCGAUUGUUUUGUAACUUAAAAACCUCUAGUCAUAAUAAAAAAUAUC